AUGGACAAUUCCAAAAUCUCGGUGCUCCUGGGAACGGCGAAAGUUCGUGAUCUUGGUCGCAGUUCGGACGGACGAGAAAGAUAUCUGGACGAAGUAGAAGUUCGUUGCGGCGUCCUCGGUGAUCGGCGGAUGCACAGCACAAAUUUAAUCACCACUGAGUCGAUGAGAAUCUAUCCUCCUGCUCCUUUUAUUGCAAGAAAAAAUCCUUCGGAAAUGAAAAUAGGUAAUUACGUGUUGCCUGCAAAUUCGACUCUUGUCAUCAGUAUCUAUGCCAUCCAUCAUAAUCCUUCCGUUUACGAAAAUCCCGAAGUGUUCGAUCCAGACCGUUUCCUACCCGAAAACUAUAAAAAUCUUCAUCCUUAUGCAUUUCUGGCAUUUUCCGCCGGUCCACGAAAUUGUCUCGGAAAUAAACUCGCCAUGAUUAAAAUGAAAAUGGUUUUGGCAAAUGUUCUUCGUAAUUUUAAAGUUUACUCUUUGGAUCCUCAGGAUAAAAUUAUUACUUCAUGGGAUGUUAUGUUGACCCCAAUAUCAGGUAUAAGAAUGUGUGUAGAAAAAAAGAUGUAUGUUGUAAGAUAUAAAAUAACCUGA